ACCGCUUCCUGGUCCAGAUCACUGAAUGGUUAGACUUCACGCAGAUGGGUUAACGUCCUCGUACUCACGGAAUCAUCUCACUGAAUUCACUUGCUUCUGGAUUUAGUUUGGAAGGUCAUCAUCGAAGAAAUGUCAAGUGAAAACAAAAGCCAAGAGAAAUCUCAAGAGGAUGAAAGUUCCUACUCUUCGAGAGUCAUCAGCAUUGUUUUCCUUGCCCUUCUCUUGGACCUGUUGGGUUUCACCCUGAUUUUACCUCUCUUCCCCUCCAUACUCGACCACUAUGGACAAACAGAAGAUACUGUUUAUCUCUCACUACAAAGCCUUGUAGACUGGUUUAGGGAAGCUGUUGGUGUUCCUAUGGAGACAAAAUAUAACACUGUCCUAUUUGGAGGUCUAAUUGGAUCCCUGUUCUCCUUGCUGCAGUUCCUGUCAUCCCCUUUAACUGGGGCCCUGUCUGAUCAUCAUGGCAGGAAGCCUCUGCUCAUUCUCACCACAUUGGGGUUGAUGUCCUCCUAUGCGGUCUGGGCAGUCUCUCAAAGCUUUGGAAUGUUCCUCCUGUCCAGGGUGAUUGGGGGUAUUUGUAAGGGAAAUGUAAGCCUCUGUACUGCUAUUGUGGCUGAUCUACCCUGCCCCAAAGCACGGAACAGAGGAAUGGCGAUGAUUGGGAUUGCGUUCUCCCUGGGCUUCACCGUGGGCCCAUUGAUGGGGGCCUACUUUGCCCUCAGCUCCAGUAAGGAGGAAGUGUUCUACCAGGCUCCAGCUCUGCUGGCUCUGGCUUUCAGUGCUGCUGACUUGGUCUUCAUCUGUGUGAAGCUGCCAGAGACUCUAACCAAAGACAGCAAGUGUUCGGCCGUGAGCUCAUGGACCCAGGAAUCUGGGGAUCUCCUCAGUCCAGUGGCCCUGUUUCAUUUCUCUGCUGUGACCAGGACGGAGAACCCACCCUCCAAAGACAAGAUGCAGAACCUUAAAGUGUUGGGUUUGGUAUAUUUCACCUACCUGUUCCUCUUCUCUGGUCUUGAGUUCACCUUAAGUUUCCUCACUCAUCAACGGUUCCAGUUUACAAGCAUGCAGCAGGGAAAGAUGUUCUUCUUCAUUGGUAUCACCAUGGCAGUGAUUCAAGGAGGAUAUGCCAGAAGGAUCAAACCUGGGAAUCAUAUCAAGAGUGUCCGUUUGGCGGUUAUAUUACUGAUUCCCGCAUUUCUCCUCGUUGGACUGGCAUGGAAUUUGACAAUGCUUUACUCCGGGUUGGUUCUGUACUCCUUUGCUGCAGCCAUUGUUGUCCCUUGUCUUUCAACACUUGUUUCUGACCAUGGUUCAGUCCAUCAGAAAGGCACAGUAAUGGGAAUCUUACGGAGUUUAGGGGCACUAGCUCGAGCUUUUGGACCAAUCGUAGCAUCUUCAGUGUAUUGGAUAGCUGGAGCAGAGACCUGCUUCAUUAUCAGCUCUGCCGCCUUCAUCAUACCUCUGGCUUUACUGAGAGCAUUAAAAAACCUCAAGAAGGACUGAUGGAGAUGAAGAUUACUUGACAGAGAUAUUCCAUUCAAGACCUUGAUAGCAUAGACAACAAAUGUUAUUACUUUUGGAGACGCUUUGGAUAAAAGCGUCUGCUAAAUGAAUACAUGUAUUACGUUUAGAUUAUUUUAGGCCACUGUACGUUUUUACAUUUGCUUGGAAUGCAAGCUAUGGAAUGGUGAUACAUUUGUCAGACAAAUGAUGUGUAAGGUGUAACUUUUUAUUGUGCUGCAUUUUGAUGUUCUUUGCCCCAAAGCCUCAAAAUGUGACACAAAUAUUGAAUGUAAUUGAUUUCCUAUUGAUUAGCAAUAGGAGAAACCCUGUUAUAGGGAGGAGGGAUUUAAUGACAGAGCAAGGUACUUACCUGUGUAUCACGUGCCCAUAUCGUAAAGGGUAGAGUAAUAGUGGAUUUAUAAUACUGUAUUUUGUCUGAUCAGAUACUUUUCUUAAUAUGUUGUAUAUCACCUAGUAUGUUUGUUGGCACUGAUGUAUGUUGUUGUUGGAACUGUUUGUUAAUAAUCUAUUUUAUAUUUACUCAUGCAGAUAAACAUGCAAAUAUAGGUAAUGUUGGUUCAUC